AUGCUGCAGACCAAUAGCAGUUACCAAAUCCUUGCAUCAGCGAAGACUCGAAUUUCAAGUCUUGCGUCCUCUGAAAUCCAUUUACUAUCUCUAAGAAAGUACUCUACAUCUGGUAAUGUGGAACGAAAACCUCGACGUACCAGGGACGCUGAACUACUAGCAUAUAAGCAGUAUUACCAAAAACUAAAAUUACUUACACAGAAUGAGAUCCCAAAUGACGUAGUUGCUAAUUCACCGCCUCUGAUAACCUUACAUAAAAGACUUAAUCUACCCCAAGAAUUCUCCAUGUCAAUGCUUUCUAGAUGCCUGACCUGUCAAUCAUCGGAACUCCCCAAUACAACACAGCCUUCUACCAUCCUUGCGAAGAGGGAAACUUUAUUUUCUAAAGAUUUUUGUGAUAAUAAGGGCCUAAACAUAUUUGGGAAGAAUAUUUUAAGUUAUCAUGUUACGAACUCCAUUUUAAAAAAAUACCCAAGAUUGCCCACCAUUGUAUUAAAUGCAGCAAUUGCAGCUUACCUUUCCGAGCAUGUCCUUGCCUCCAUUGGUAAAAAUUGGGGGAUCGAAUCUGAAAGAAGAACAGUCAUGGAGAGAUUUCUUAUAAAUGAACCAUAUGAUAUAACGUUAGGGAAAUUGAGAUUUUAUAAUAAUGCCAUGGGUAAGAAUGAUGGCAUUGAACUGAUUUCAUUAAAGAAGCAAUUCAAUGAAACCAAGGCAAUGGCUUUGGCAGUAAGAAGUAUAAUUGGCUCAUUAUGGGCCGUUACCCACACUACCAAACCUGAAAUGACAUUUAAAUUUAUCGAUGAUCAUAUAAUUAGCAGAAAAUUGGAUGUAUCGAAAAUGUUUAUGUUUGAGCAGCCCACACGAGAACUAGCCAAAUUAUGUGAGCGUGAGGGUUUAGAGAGACCUAUUUCUAAACUAAUGGCAGAAUCUGGUAGAUUAUCUAAGGCUCCAGUCUUCAUCGUUGGUGCUUUUUCAGGAAAGGAAAAGUUAGGUGAAGGCUAUGGUUCUUCAUUGAAAGAAGCAAAAGCAAGGGCUGCUACUGACGCUCUCUUGAAAUGGUAUUGCUACCAACCAACUGAGGGACAAAGUCCGGUAGUUGAUCAUGGGGCAGUAAUUGUUUAA